UUACGUUGACCGUCUGCGAGUUGCGGUGUAUAAAUACAACGGGGAAGCGUUCAUACCCUUGCUUUCUAGGGUUUCCUUCAUCCGUUUCGUCUGUGCCAAGCUCCAUCGUCAAUCAUGCCUCGCCGAAGCUCUGGUGGACGCUCUGCGCCUCGUGCUGCUCCACGCCCUGCUUCAAUGAGGAACCCUCCUCGACCAGUACGUCAGGCUCCACCCCCAGCUCCUGCUCAGAGUGGAGGAGGGUCCAUGCUUGGAAAUAUCGGAUCCACCAUUGCACAAGGCAUGGCAUUUGGCACAGGAAGUGCUGUUGCUCACAGAGCAGUAGAUGCUGUGCUGGGGCCUCGGACUAUCCAGCAUGAAACUGUGGUAUCCGAAGCUCCAGCUGCCACCGCUGCUCCUAUGGGUAACACCGUCGGCACAGAUGCUUGCACCGUCCACUCGAAGGCUUUCCAGGACUGCAUCAACAAUUUUGCCGGCGACAUCAGCAAGUGCCAGUUCUACUUUGACAUGCUGAACGAGUGCCGCCGAGGAUCUGGUGGUGUGUUGGGAGCCUGAUUCUGUUUCUGUUACCCCAAGGAUGAUCAUUUCGUGUCUGCUUCUCUUUUCCAUGACCAAGUAUUAAAAAGCAUAACUUGGUGCGGUGUCAACUUAAAAUUCUUACUUUUGAAACAUCAUUAAUCGACUCACUGGGUUAUAGAAAGCCAAUGCAAAAUCUCUGGUUUAAGCUA